GCAAGUGCCACUCUGCCAUUCUUCUUCCACAUUGCCACACGCUUUAUGGGAGCGACAAGAUUCUGGCAACAGCUUCUUUUAGCUUGUCUACUGAGACUGUGAAACUGGCCAGCCAAGAUGAAAAGUAUUCUGAAGGAGAAACGACCGAAACUGCCACAGUCGGAGAGUGCCAGUCAGAGCAACUCUAUUGGAGCAGUGCGAUGGACUCUGCCCGACCAUGAGCUGCAAGCCCACAGCUCUGCACCUACCAACAGCACCAGUACCCAACGGCACACGGACCUGAGGGAUUUGCGCAGUCUCCAGGAGUGCGUGAAUUUCAUCUCUCAGUGGAAACAAGAGGUGGAGCAGAUCUGUAAGCAUGGGGGCUCUGUAUCUGCAUCCAGCAGCAGGAAUGACUGUGGUGCAACUGCACAAAGCCGCAGUGCGGAACACCGUCACAGACUCAUUCUUCAGUGGGCCAGCGAUCUCAAAGCUGUUGAUACACUGUUCAGUCAGUGUGAAGGGCAGCAGGAAAGAGGAACAUCCCAGGAAGUGAAGGAGACUGAGCAGAGAAUCAUGGAAUGGGCAAAAGAACUCCAGACAGUCUCGGAGCAGUGCGGCAUGAUGAGGGGAGAGUUGGCUCAGACUUUCAGGCAGCUGGAGCUUAAGAAGAAGAAGCUGGAAGCCAUGCUGCCUUUCCUGGAGUUCAUCACAUGGUCUCUGCUCAAACACGACCAGGAUGUAGUUUCACAGCUUUGGCUCCUCAGUAAACAGCAAUCCUGGAGACCAGAAAAUUCAAAAUACAUUCCAAAUUCAGUGUGGAACUGGAUCUGCAGUGCUGCGGCUGAGGUCACAUUGGACCCCAUGACGAACCACCCAUGGCUGCUGCUGUCUGAUGACUGUAAGAGGGUUCAGGAGUCCCUGACUGAAAUGAAAGUGAAGUUCACCCCCCAGCGCUUUGACACUUGGCCCUGUGUCCUGGCUUGGGAGGGCUUCUCCUCCGGCCGUCGCUACUGGGAGGUGGAGCUUGCCAACAAAGGCUACUGGCGUGUGGGCGUGGCUACAGCCUCAUCUAAUCGCCAGGGACGCUUCCCUAUGAGCCCCUGCGAGGGUUUCUGGGUGCUCUGGAGGAGCACACGGCAGUUCUACGCCUGCACCAAGCCUGAGACCCCACUGCCCCUGGCACUAGUGCCCAGGAAGGUGGGGAUCUAUCUAGACUAUGAGGAGGGGCAGCUGUCUUUCUAUAAUGUGGAGAAACGCUCACACAUCUACACAUUCAUCGGAAACUUCCGGGAGAAGUUGUAUCCCCUCUUUGCACCACUGGAUGGACGCACUCUCAUAACACUGUAUUCAUCAAAAACAGCACCAGAGACGCACUGAAUCACAUCUUCCAAUACACCUCUCAGGCCAGCUUGUUUGCACAUUUUGUCCUAAAACUUGUCGUUUGCUUCCAUAAUACAGAAAAUUACUUAAUUACAAAUGUCAUUUGGAUGGGUUGUUUUUGUCUCUUUUAAAACUGAAUAACUAAAUGAAUUUAUGAUUGUAUGUGUGUAUUGCUGGAUACACGCUGUGAAUAAAGACUGAAUAAAGUCUUUUUUGAUGAA